AUGAGUACGAAUGUUUUGCCUCCACCUAAAGUGCCGGGUUUUGUUCUUACUGAAAAACUCGGAAGUGGUACCUAUGCUACAGUGUACAAAGCGUAUAGAGUGGGGCAGACACGCGAGGUUGUUGCCAUAAAAUGUGUGCGGAAGAGCAGCCUAACGAAGACAUCAACCGAUAACCUACUCACCGAGAUCGCAAUACUGAAAAAGAUCGAGCAUGAGUAUAUAGUGAAGCUCAAGGACUUCCAGUGGGAUGACAAGCACAUAUUUCUCAUCAUGGAGUAUUGCAGUGGAGGUGACCUGUCUGCCUUCAUCAAGCUGUCAAGAUGUCUAUCGGAAAAGCUUGCUAAGCGAUUUCUGCAGCAGCUAGCCAAGGCACUCCAGUUUCUGAGGGUAAAGAAUAUUGCUCACAUGGACCUGAAGCCUCAGAAUAUAUUACUGAAGUCUCGCCAAGAUCCCAUCCUCAAGCUAGCCGACUUUGGGUUUGCACAGUGGCUGGAGACUUCGAGCGUAGGGGAGUCGCUGCGCGGCUCCCCGCUCUACAUGGCCCCCGAGAUGCUCCUUCAGCACAAAUACGACGCCAGCGUUGACCUGUGGUCGGUGGGAGUCAUCCUGUUUGAAGCGCUGUUUGGGAGAGCUCCCUAUGCCUCAAAGUCAUGGGUGGAGUUAGCCGAGAAGAUAAAAGAUCCAAGUCCGAUCGAACUGCCGUUUGGCGUUGAGAUUUCUGCAGAGUGUAGAGAUCUGCUCAUUAGGCUGCUACAGCGGGAUCCACAUCAGCGGAUCAGCUACGAAGACUUCUUCAAUCAUCCGUUCAUUGACCUUGAGCACAUGCCCUCGUCCGACUGCCUGCCAAAAGCUAUCAAACUAGUCACUAAGGCAGUGAAGCAGGAUCAGCAGGGGGAGGUGGAGAAAGCUGUGAAACUCUACUGUCAAUCACUCGACUAUUUUGUGCCAGCGAUACAAGCUGAAAUAAGUAAGCAAAAGAAGGAUGCCAUUAGGAUGAAGGUGCGGGAGUAUGUGAACAGAGCAGAAGAGCUGAAAUGCUUGCUGGCACCCCAGGGACAGUCCUCUACAGAAGUGGCAAGCAACAGUCAAGUACCAACUAGAAAUGAACUCGAUGAGCUGUCUGUACAGAGUGACAAGUUAGCUGCAGCUCUGAAGGUUGUGGACAUUGCUGCUUAUUUGGACAAGCACGAGAAGUUCGAGGAAGCGUUGGAGAAGUACGAGAUGGCUCUGGGUGCGGUCCUUCCCCUCCUCACGCAGCAUGCUCGCGGCCGAGAGGUGGAGGUGCUACGCUACUUCGUCGAACACUGGAUGCGGCGAGCCGAGAGCAUAAAGACGUUCCUGCAGCUGCGAAAGAUGGAGAUCCAGAAGGGCGUCAUGGAAACGUCGGCAUCGGUGGAUGCCGAAGCUCUGUUUGCAAGAGGGACAGUGUCAGAAGACGUGGACACGACGAGAGUGACGACACUCGUCAGGAGACGUGACACUGUCAAGGAGAGGGCGAACACUGGAAGAGUGGACACUGUCAGUCGAGAGUGGACACUGGAGAGUCGACACUGUCAGGAGAGCGGACACUGCCCAGGAAGAAUGGCACACUGGCCAGGCGAGCAGCGGACACUGCCAGGCAAAUGGACACUGCCAGGAGAGGUGGACACUGCCAGCGAGAGUGGUUCCGACACUGCCAGCGAGAGCGGACACUGCCAGGAGAUAUGCGACACUGCAGCGAGAGCGGACACUGCCAGGGAGAGUGGACAACUGUCAGCGACAGAGUGGACACUGCCGAGGAGACGCGGACACUUGCCAGGAGAAUGGACACUUGCCCAGGAGAAUGCACACUCCAGGAGAGCAGACACCUGCCAGGAGAAUGGACAGUGCCAGGCGGAGACCGAGAAGGACCACUGCCAGGCGACUGCGGACACUGCCAGGAGGAGCGGGACACGUUGCCAGGAGAAUGCGACACUGCCAGGAGAAUGGGCACUGCCAGUCGCAGAGUGGACUGACAGUAGCGUUAUAGACCGAUAG